AUGUCGGACACCGGUGUUAAAAACAUCAUCAUCGUCGGAGGCGCGUACAGCGGAGUCUCGAUUGCACACUAUCUUCUCAAACAUGUGCUACCCAAGCUAUCGAACGCCUCGGCUUACCAGAUCAUCCUUGUCAGCACCUCAGCGCAAGCUCUCUGUCGUCCAGCAUGCCCUCGAGCCAUGAUAUUGGACGACUUCUUUGACCAGUCUAAACUGUUCGUUGACAUCGACGCGCAGUUCAAGCAUUACCCGGCCACCAACUUCAACUUCGUGAAAGGAGCAGUGGUCGAUUGGAAUCAUCACGAAGGGCACAUCACUAUUCACUCAGCUCAGGGUGAGACAUCGGUACUGAGUUACCAUAGUCUGGUACUUGCUUCAGGCUCUUCGACGCCAUCACCGUUGCUUGGCCUGAACGGAGAUGAAUUAGAACUUAGAAGCAGCUGGACUCAGUUUCGCGCCUCUCUUAAGUCGGCGAAGAGGAUAGUCAUCGCUGGUGGUGGACCUGCUGGUGUUGAGACAGCCGGAGAACUCGGAGAGUAUCUCAACGGUCGGUUAUGUGGUUGGUCUGGAUCGAGUCCGAAGAGCAAGAAGGUUGACAUCAAGCUCGUCACAUCAGCCUCGCAGCUUCUUCCGGCGCUGAGGCCCUCAAUAGCCGGCAAAGCAGAGACGUAUCUGUCUGCAUUAGGCGUUGAGGUGAUCAAGAACAGUAAAGUCGUCCACGUACAACCAGAAGGCGCUGGAAUCAGCUCAGUGACUACAAGCGCGACCAUCAAACUCGACAACGACCAGACGCUCGAGGCAGACAUCUACAUUCCAGCUACGGGCACGAAGGCAAAUACGUCCUUCGCUGAUCCAGCCUUGCUCGCAGAAGAUGGUCGCAUCACGACCAAUCCCUCAACCCUCCGUGUCGACCUAGCUGGCGUACGUGUCUACGCUCUCGGCGAUGUCGCAUCGGCUGCACGACCAGCCAUUCAUGUCAUCUUCGAGCAAGUCCCCGUAGUUUGCGCCAAUAUCAAGCGCGACCUGCUGCUUGCAGAAGGCCAAGACGAGAAGUCGGUCGGUCAAGAUAGAGUCUUCAGAGAGGACGUGCGUGAAACUCAGAUGGUACUCAUCGGCAAGAACGCAGGACUUGGUGCAGCGAUGGGAUGGGCUCUGCCGAGCUGGGCUGUCAAGAUGAUCAAGAGGGACUACUGGUUAUGGACGACGGCGAAUCUGUGGAGUGGGAAGCAGUGGGAGAAGGAGAAGUAG